AUGGCAAGGAAGAAGCGCGGUUCAACAACCCGCAUCGUCCGAAAGCACCCGCGCGGAGCCGGCGUCCGAAUCGUCCGGGUCCGAGAUGACAAGCUGUUCGCCUCGUUUGUGGACACCCCGCUGUACCACAAGCUCAACCUGUCCAGCGUGUUGGAAGGAUCCGGCUUGCAUUUGUCUCCGGCGGUUGUCUCGGAUGUUUCGCAACUAGAAAUACAACGUCGUGCUCCACCAAGAGAAGAAUCGCCCGAACCGACGCAACCGGCGCCCACCCUGAACUUAUCCACGGAUGAUGAAGACUUCAGUUUGAUCUACGCGAUCAACGGCGUCGUCCAGAAUUCAAAAUCUUUGAAACAUCCGGUCAAGCGCCCGUCGGCUCGGCACCAUGAUACGGCCAGUGCCUUGCCAUGUUGUAGCACGAAGGGCCCUGAAGUCUUGCCUCGCCAAUGUAACAAUACCGUUCCGAGCGUUUGCGCGAAGUCAGAUGCUUCCGGUACAAGCUCGUCCACUCUACAAAUUGUCGACGCUCAAAGUCCAUUUGGUUCGCACGCUGCCAAGAAGACGUCUUCGACACUCUCGGCCAUGGACGUUUCGCCCACUCAACAAGCCGCCUACACUCUAAGUGAAAUCACGUUGGACACUGCCAAGACUUUCUCGGAACGCUCGAACAUCAAAAAUACGCGCUCUCAUCACCUCGCCGACACUCCAAUACGAGGCGUGUCGGACGCUAGUGCGGCCGAUAGCCCUUUGCGUUCUACAACUCUCUGUUCACCUAGCCGGUGUGAAAAUUCGGCAAUCCUACGCGGCAACAUCCUCUCGCCUACUCUGAAAAGUCUCGGAUCCGCUCGCUCCUAUGCUUACGAAGGUUUCAAGCCCGGCGUUACUUCUACACCGAUCCGCGCCAGUUCGAGUGCUCUGCCACACGACGAUUCUGUGCCCCAACUCUCUGGAGCCGCAAGCGAAAAAGAAGGGACAACCUCGGGAUCUGCAUUGAACGCCAAUAGCCGCUCCAGUGGUCAAGCAAAGCCGACUUCGACUGAUCUCUCGACAGCUCUUCUAUUGCCCACUUCGCAGAGAAGUCUCGGAUCCGCUCGCUCCUAUGCUUACGCAGGUUUCAAGCCCGGCGUUACUUCUACACCGAUCCGCGCUAGUUCGAGCGCUCUACCACAAGACGAUUUUGUGCCUCAACUCUCCGGCGCCGCAAGUCAAAAAGAGGGGCCAAUCUCGGGAUCUACAUUGAACGGCAACAGUCGCGCGAGUCGUCAAGCAAAGCCGACUUGGGCUGAUCUUUCCACGGCUCUCUUAUUGCCCACUGCGAAGCGAAGUCUCGGAGCUGCUCAUUCCCGUGCCUACGAAGGUUUCAACCCCAGCGGGACUUCGACACCGAUCAGGGCCAAAUCUUGUCCGCUGCAACAGGACACUUCUCUGCAUCAACUUUGCGAAGCCAUACGCCAACAAGAAGGUGCCUCUUUCGGAGGGCUCUCGGGUUCGACCCUACAUGCCAGCGGCCGGUCGAGUUUCCAUGAGGGUGGCCCUGCGGAUGUGUCGGCAAUCCCACACGAAAACGUCAUGUCGCCAUGUCCGAAACGAAGUCAGCUCUUUGGUGCAUCUUUCGACGAUGGUUUCGACCUAGAAGCUCCGACCACACCGACCAGGCCCAAAUCCCGGGCUCUCCCGCACCAAACUCCCCUUCAGCACCUUUGCCAGGCAACGGGCCAAGAUGGCGUGCAAGAAUUUGAUGCGAUCCCGAUCGAUUGGGACACCGUGGUCAAGCUCGGCGAAGGGACCUAUGGCGAAGUUUUCGCCGCGGAGUGGAAUGGCGAGGCGGUAGCCUUCAAGGUGAUCCCAUUCCUCUCCGAGCCCCUGCCAGAAGCCCAACAAUUCCGCAUCAACGGCGAACUACCGCGACUGGCCGGGGACGUGCAGGUCGAGCUGACCCUCUGCCAGGAAUUGUCAAGACUCGCCGGCUCAUACCCGCGCAACAGUACGCCCAAUUUCGUGCGCACCGUCGACGCCCGGGUUGUGGGAGGGCAAUGGCCGAUCCAACUACUCGAGGCGUGGGACAACUACGCCGCCAAGAAGACCACCGAGAACGACCGGCCUGACCCCGCCCAUGUUGACUUGCUGCACCACCUCCUCAUCGUGCAAAGCAACGGCGGCGCAGACCUGGAUCACUUUCGAGUGGAGACGGAGGCCUACUAUGCCUCCAUCCUCUUCCAGGUCUGCCUCUCCCUCGUUGCCGCCGAGAAGCAGUUGAGGUUCGAGCACAGGGACCUCCACAUUGGCAAUGUGUUGGUCCAGGAGACGACCAACGUGCGCAUGGAUUACAGGCUGGACGGGGCCGACGUCGCGCUCAACAACCACGGCAUCCGGGUCACCAUCAUCGACUACACGAAUGCGCGCCUGGAACGCGACGGCAACACGAUCUACUUCGACCUCGAGCAGGAUCCGGACAUCUUCACCGGGAAGGGCCUCUACCAGUUCGAUGUCUACCGCCUGAUGCGCAAGGCCAACGGGCGCGACUGGGCGCGCUUCGAGCCGAAGUCGAACCUGCUCUGGGUCCACUACCUAAGCAAGGAGAUGCUCAAAGGAAAGAAAAAGGGCAUCUCGAAGUCGCGAAAGCAGGCGUUGCAGAAGGUCUUCGACAAGGCUCUCAAGUACGACAGCAUCACAGCCUUCCUGGAAGAGCCGGCCCUGCAGCAACUGAAGGCCCAGUACAUCGUCAACACC